CAACAGAAUUUCGCACAAAAGCAGAACUCCCCUUUUGGCCGCCUCAUCUCAUCCCCACCCAGAUCCGAGAAAUGGGUUUGCAUGACAAUGACUCCGCCGGAGAUGGGAACGCUCCUCCGUCGGGUGAUCAGGACACGACGAUGUCGAUUGAGAAAAUCUUUGAAGCCAAGGAGGUGCCGUCGUGGAAAGAUCAGAUCACUGUCAGAGCACUAGUGGUGGCGCUUGUGCUUGGGGUUCUCUUCAGUUUCAUAGUCAUGAAACUCAACCUCACCACUGGUAUCAUCCCGUCGCUCAACGUCUCCGCUGGACUUUUAGGCUUCUUCUUCAUAAAGACGUGGACGAAGUUAAUAGAAAAAGUCGGUCUCCUCAAACAGCCUUUUACCAGACAGGAGAAUACCGUUAUUCAGACCUGCGUCGUCGCCACCUCCGGCAUCGCCUUUAGCGGGGGUUUUGGAAGCUACCUUUAUGCUAUGAGCGAAGUUGUUGCCAAGCAAUCUUCUGAAUCCAAUUAUGCUAACAACAUUAAAAACCCCUCACUUGGUUGGAUUAUUGGAUUCCUCUUUACUGUUAGCUUUCUUGGCCUGUUUUCUGUGGUUCCUCUCCGAAAGAUUAUGGUUAUAAAGUUCAGACUGACAUAUCCAAGUGGAACAGCAACUGCCCACCUUAUCAACAGUUUCCACACCCCUCAGGGUGCCAAGUUAGCAAAGAAACAAGUGAGAGCAUUGGGCAAGUUCUUCUCCUUCAGCUUUCUCUGGGGUUUCUUCCAAUGGUUCUUCACUGCAGGAGAUGAUUGUGGAUUUGUCAACUUCCCCUCAUUUGGUCUCAAAGCCUAUCAGAACAGGUUUUAUUUUGAUUUCUCAGCAACCUAUGUUGGUGUCGGGAUGAUCUGCCCUUAUCUGAUUAACAUAUCUCUUCUGCUUGGAGCGAUUCUCUCUUGGGGAAUUUUGUGGCCUCUCAUAGAAACUAGAAAGGGUGUUUGGUACGCUGCUGACCUUAGUGAUAGUAGUCUCCAUGGCAUUCAAGGAUACAGGGUUUUCAUAGGCAUAGCCAUGAUCCUUGGUGAUGGCCUCUAUAACUUCGUCAAGGUCCUCACUCACACUUUAAUUGCUUUACAGAAGCAGCUCAAAAACAGAGAGUCACGCACUGUUCUCCCAGUUAACACCUCUUCUCCAGACAGUACUCCACCUCCUCUUACCUAUGAUGACCAACGCCGGACUGAACUCUUUCUCAAGGACCAAAUUCCUACAUGGUUUGCUAUUGCCGGAUAUGUCAUAGUUGCAGUCAUCUCUAUCAUCACACUUCCCUUUAUCUUCCACCAGCUCAAGUGGUAUUAUAUCUUAGUUAUUUACAUCAUUGCCCCGAUCCUAGCCUUCUGCAAUGCUUAUGGAUGCGGAUUGACAGAUUGGUCCUUGGCUUCCACUUACGGGAAGCUUGCAAUAUUCACAAUUGGGGCUUGGGCAGGGUCUGCUAAUGGAGGGGUUCUUGCAGGAUUAGCAGCAUGUGGAGUGAUGAUGAACAUAGUAUCCACAGCAUCUGACCUGAUGCAGGACUUUAAGACAGGUUACAUGACAUUGGCCUCACCAAGGUCCAUGUUUGUGAGCCAAAUUAUUGGAACCGCUAUGGGCUGUGUGAUUUCACCAUGUGUGUUCUGGCUCUUCUAUAAGGCCUUUCCGGGUCUUGGAACUCCUGACUCCCAGUACCCCGCACCUUACGCACUGGUGUACCGUAACAUGUCCAUAUUGGGGGUGGAAGGAUUCCAUUCAUUGCCAGAUCACUGCCUCACACUAUGCUAUGUAUUCUUCGCCGCUGCGGUAGCCAUCAAUGGAAUCAGAGAUGCAGUUGGAAAGAAGUGGGCCAGAUACAUUCCACUCCCAAUGGCAAUGGCAAUACCUUUCUACCUCGGGGCAUACUUUGCCAUUGACAUGUGUGUGGGAAGCUUGAUAUUGUUUGUGUGGCAGAAGGUGAACAAGGCAAAGGCAGAUGCAUUUGGACCAGCAGUUGCAUCUGGAUUGAUAUGUGGGGAUGGGAUAUGGACUCUGCCCAGCUCAAUACUGGCACUGGCUCGAGUGAAUCCACCCAUCUGCAUGAAAUUCUUGUCACGGCAAAUGAAUGCAAAGGUGGAUGCUUUCUUAAGUUCUUAGGCUCCCUCAUUUGCUUAAUUAAAGUUGUCUUAGGACGCAUUCUGGGUUAUUCCCCCCAAGCAAUUAAUUACCAUCUUUAUGUUCUCCGUAUGUGUUAUUUUCUGUUGUUUACUUGUUUAAGUUCAUCAUUGUAAACAAAUAGAUGCUUCACUUUCUU